AUGUCACUAUCGCUCGACUCGAGAAGAAUUCCGGUUCACGUGUUAGACAGGAUUAUUGUACACCUCCUUGGGAACGUGGACCCCAGAAGGAUAGGCGGCAGGUUUCAUUUUGUCAGUAUACAAGAGGUAUCACUGGUUGUGAGAAGAGAAAGGUGGGAUGAUGUUGUCAACCUACGUCUUACAAGUAAAAGAUUAAAUGGGCUGUAUCGAGUUCUCUUUGACCGCAACGCACCAGUUUUGUUACGAUUGCCCCUCAGAGCUAUCAAAAACAUCAUUCUCCACCUUUUCGAUGGCAUUGACCCUAGACUGGAAAACGCUCAAAAAGUUCCCUUGACACAUCGCGAAAGGUCUCAAACUUCGAUGUACAAAGAGUUGCAGAGGAGCAACUGGCUUGACGUGCUCAAUUUCCGUCUUACCGCAAGAAGACUCAAUGAACUCCACCAGGUCAAAUUUGGCCCUCGUCCUAAUCUUCUUAGAAUGCCGCUGGAGAUAAAAAUCAUCAUUCUUGAUUACUUGUCAGAAAAGCCCAAAGGAAUGGUGCAAAUCGAAAACAGGAGCUGCCUUAGCUUGGAGAGUUAUCCUGAUAGGCUUACCCCCAGCAAUCCUGACGACGCACUUGGUGGUUUGCAUGAGUUGAAGAAUCUUAGGCUUGUUAAUUCGGAUUUGUCAAAAAUCUGUGCUGAGCGUUUGUUCGAUCGAAUUAGUGUUCGAUUUUCCAAAAAGGGGUUUAGAACGUUAAGGCAGAUAUCUUCGCACCCAGCUAUAAGCAGAUAUGUGAAAAAGUUAACUUAUAUGGUUCCUCCGUUUCAUUUAGGCGACAAACAUUUCGAAAUGUACUUGGAAGGCGAGGAAAAGGAGAGACAGCGUCAGCAGGUCUCAGGCCGUGGCAGGUGGCGGGUGGGGAAGCAGGCUUUGGUCAAGAACACCAUGAUUAGGGCGAUGGAGCAAUCCGAGCUUCGUAUGAGUGAAGAGGACUUGAAGAGCCUGACACUCGCUCUCAAAUCAUUGCGAAACCUCGAAAGGCUAAGGCUAUUCAGAGUUAUGGACGAAAAUGAUCAGGAAUACUUCAAAUACCUUUGUUAUAACAAUGGGCAACAGUAUCUGAGCUGGCGUCACGCAUGCGAGCACGCGAUGGAGACUUUGAUUGCUGCGUUCCUCGCCUCGGACAGUCCGGCAAACAUAUUUGACUGCCGGUUCCUAGAUAUACGACCCCCAACAGGCGAAGGGAAGACCGCAAGUUUACCAUAUGCAUCAGAGCCUUUGAAAAUGGCGCUGGGACGUCUCAAAGGUUUGCUAUUAAGACUCGUUAGUGAUAACGGCAGUACUAUGAAUAGCAGGGUUGAUUGGCUCUCAAAUUAUUGUCAACAGCUGCUACCGUGUACAGAAAAUUUAUCUGGCCUUCAUAUCGCGUUUGAAAGGGUCGUUUCAAUUCCGCUGCACGACGUCUUUCAUGACAUGUCUUGGCAUUCCAUCAAAUACAUUGGCGUACAUCUAUGGUCAUUAAAUGGCGAUGAACUUGUCAGGCUAUUACUGAGAUUGCCAACGCUGAGGUCCGUCCGAUUAAGACAGGUGUACCUCGAAGAGGGCGACCAGAAAUUGCGAUGGAAAGAUGUGUUGAAAGAAAUCAAACAAAACCUAACCCUCGACUGGAUCAGUCUUUUUGGUAUUGGGUAUGGAGAUGGUGGACGAGCACCAUAUUACGUGGAAGACGAAUCUUCUGAAUCAGAAUAUCACUUACCAUCAUCUGAUGACGAAAAUGAAGACGAAGGGCAUCUAAGUUCAGAGGAUGAUAAUGAAGGAGAUGAGCACGACCCCCAGGCUUUUGACAUUGGUAAUAUUCACGGGGACGAUGAUGAUAGUGAGGCUAGUGAAAGCGAUGAGAGCGAAGAAAGCCAAACGGAAGGCAACGAUAUCGAAGAUGAUCAUUAUAACAUACCCGAUGCUGCGAUGGAACCUCCAGCAUCCCCAGAACAUAUAGGCAUUUCUACAUCUCAAAUAUGCGAUUGCGAGAGGGACAUCGGCGAUGAUGUUCCUUUUAUUAACAAAUUGAGAUGGCAAGAGUGGGAGCGAUGGACGGUCAAACGAUGCCCUAAUCACGAUCCAGGCCACACUAGCGCAACAUCGGAAACGUAG